AUGCCCACCGUAGAAACUCCUACUAUCUCAAAAGCUGGCAUCACAACCUCUGCAACUGGCGAGCGCCACAUCCCGUCAUCCGUUCGAUCCGAUGGCUCUGUGCGCAAACAGAUCCGAGUCCGCCCAGGCUACCGCCCACCCGAAGAUGUCGAAGUCUACAAGAACAGGACUGCCGAGGGCUUUCGAAAUCGAGGCAAAGCAGGCGUGCCUGGAGCGGAAGGACUAAACGCCAAAGACGACACUACUAAAGCGAGUGUGGCAGCGAACAAGAACGCCAAACGGAGAGAAGCUAGGAAGAAGGCGGCAGCGGCAGCGGGCGACGAGAAAGAGGAGGAUAAGACUGUUGAGAGCCAGCAGGACACCAAGGAGGGCAUCAAGGCUGCUGAGCCGGAGAAAAUUGUGGAUCCCGAAGCGGAGAAAGAGAAGGAAGCGAAGAAGCUGACGAAGAAGCUAAGACAGGCUCGGGAAUUGAAGGACAAGAAAGAAAAGGGCGAUAAGCUGCUGCCGGAGCAGUUCGAGAAGGUCAUCAAGAUCAAUGAGCUUAUCCGUCAGUUGGAGACGCUUGGUUUCGAUCCACAGGGCGAGAAGAAAACUGAGACCUGA